GAGAACAGUCUGAAGUCUCCUCUGUUCUCCAAAGACACUCGGCUCCGUUCAACAGGAUGCUGUGCCUGUCCAAGCUUCUGCUGCUCCUUUUGGCUUUUGUGCCUCCUCGAGCUAUGCAGGAGGUGCCUGUUCGCCUGGCAGGAACCAGUCGGCGCGGUCCAAAUGAGGGACGUUUGGAGGUGUUUUACAAUGGUGCAUGGGGCACCGUGUGUGACGAUGAGGUGGAUAUUAAUUUGGCCAAUGUCGUGUGUCGACAGCUGGGUUUUCAGCGUAGCUUUACAUGGGCACACAGCGCCAAAUUUGGCGAAGGACAAGGUCUGAUCUGGUUGGACAAUGUACGCUGCCGAGGAACAGAGCUCUCCCUUGCUGAUUGUGAUGCCAAUGGUUGGGGCAUCAAUGACUGCACCCAUGCUGAGGACCUCGGGGUCAUCUGCAGCCCAGAGAGGAGAGCUGGUUUCCUCCCUGCCUCCCCGGUUGAGUCAUCUUCAUCUGCCAGGCAACAACCAACUGAACCAAGACAGAGAAACUCUUCACCACAGACUGCAUCACUCCCAACUACACCAGAUGCUCCAGGCCACAUCUUGUCUUCACAUGGAAGAGGCCAUGAAAUUGCUCUCCUUCGCAGCCCAUCAACUUCUCGGCGUAGCAGCUUAUCAGCACAGGAAAACGGCCAUGAAAUCCAAAUCUUACAACGCAGUCGAGGGAGCUCAAGAGCCGGCCAACAGAGCGGACAACCUUUACCACAAGGCCAUCAGCUCCCCACCCACCUGGUUAAUGGUGCAACCUACAGACAAAGGCAGGAGACAGGAAGGACCAGUCCAGAAGCAUUGAGACAGGUGGACAACCAGUCUCAGCCUUGGCCAGGUUCCCAAACCCAGCACCAGCAACUUAGUGGGAACCAUGUGGAACCAGAGUCUGGUUUUCCAGACUUAGGUCUGGAUUCUGACGCACGUUACCCUCAGGUGUCAGAGAGGGUUCAUCUUGAAGAGGUCCGUCUACGGUCGGUGCUGUCCAGCAGCCACGGAGGUCUGGUGACUGAGGGAGUGCUGGAAGUGAAGCAUUCUGGGAGAUGGCGUCACGUGUGUAACCACGGGUGGGACCUCAGCAGCAGCCGUGUUGUCUGUGGCAUGCUUGGGUUCCCAGCUGCAGCAGCAUUUGACAAAAGUGCCUACAGGAAACUGUGGGACUCCAAACUUGCCGAUCCAUCAUCCAGGUUGAGGAUGCAGAUCACUAAGAAGACCUACUGGGUGGAGAAGGUGCAGUGUCAGGGGGCCGAGUCAUCGCUGUCACAGUGCCGUGCCCAGCUGUCCCUCCCCAGGGGUAACGUCCCAUGUCGUGGAGGCAUGCACGCUGUAGUCCGCUGUGUCCCUGGACCCCAGUUCACACGUUUCGGCAGCGUUCCUGCACCACCUACUGUACCGCUGGCUGUGCGGCUGAAGGCAGGGCCCCGGCUCGGGGAGGGACGUGUGGAGGUGCUGGUGGAAGGGAAGUGGGGCACCGUGUGUGACCACCUGUGGGACGUCACUGCAGCCAGUGUUGUCUGCAGGGAGUUGGGCUUUGGAACGGCCAAAGAGGCACUGACCAAGGCUCAGCUGGGACAAGGUUCCGGUCCAAUCCACAUGAACAGUGUCCAGUGUACCGGCAGGGAAACUUCCAUCACAGAGUGUCACUACAGACGCGUGCCGCUUUACAGCUGUAAACACAGCCAAGAUGUGGCCGUCCGCUGCAACGUCCCCAACACUGGUCUCCACGCUACAGUGCGUCUGGCAGGAGGCAGAGAUCUGGUGGAGGGCCGGGUGGAGGUGCUGGUGGAUGUUGGAGGGGUUAAACGUUGGGGCUCUGUCUGCAGUGAGAACUGGGGGAUCAAUGAGGCCAUGGUGGUCUGUCGACAGUUGGGUCUGGGCUUUGCUUCCAGAGCUCACCAGGAGACCUGGUACUGGCCCGGAUCUGCAGAUGCUGGAGAGGUGGUUCUGAGUGGAACGCACUGUAUCGGCACUGAAAUGUCUGUUCAGCAGUGCCGCCGAAACACGCAAGUGUACUGCCCCAGAGGAGGAGAAGGAAAGGCGGCAGGAGUCACCUGUGUGGAAAUGGCUCCUGACCUUGUACUGGAUGCGCAGCUUGUCCAGGAGACGGCCUACCUUGAGGAUCGACCACUCCACCUGCUCACCUGUGCCAAUGAGGAGAACUGUCUGUCCUCCUCCGCUGCCAGGAUGAACUGGCCUUAUGGACAUCGUCGCCUGCUGCGCUUCUCCUCCCGUAUCAUGAACCUGGGCUGUGCCGACUUCCGCCCCCGAGCCUCCAGAGAAAACUGGAUAUGGCACCAGUGUCACAGGCACUACCACAGCAUUGAGGUCUUCACCCACUACAACCUGCUGACCCUCAAUGGAACCAAAGUAGCUGAAGGUCACAAAGCCAGUUUCUGUCUGGAGGACACCCACUGUCCAGACGGUAUCCAUAAGCGCUACGCCUGCUAUAACAUGGGCCAGCAGGGGAUCUCGGUGGGCUGCUGGGACACGUACCGCCAUGACAUUGACUGUCAGUGGGUGGACGUCACGGACGUGCGACCGGGAGAAUACAUCUUCCAGGUGGAGGUCAACCCCACGUUAGACAUGGCCGAGUCAGACUUCCAGAACAACGUGAUGCGCUGUCAGUGCAAGUAUGAUGGCGUGCGGGUUUUCAUGUUGGAUGCCACGCAGGUGACGCGUACAGCGCAGAAAGAGGAGGCGUUCAUUUGACCACCGGCAACAAAUCACCAACACUUCCUGUGAAUUUGGGACAGAACAAAUGUCCUGUUGUCACCUCAAUAAGUGAUGGCGAGGAGAGGGAAAGGCUUUAAGCAAUCAUCAUGGUGACGGUUCUGUUCCAAAGUCAGCAGAGGAAUUCUGCAAGUAUCAUGUGACCACAAUCAAACAAUCACAAAGUAUUCUCCUCCCCCCCACCCAACAAAAAACAUGCACACCACAUAAACGUUUUUACCAUACAGGAAAUGAUGUGCACAUUCUGGACUACGUUCACAUUACAGGCUGAAGGAGAAAAACCUGAUUAUUCCCAUUUCAGAAUAAACAAAUGUUUCUUCUCAUGUGACGAACAGCAGCAUGUCUUGUCAUGACCUCCGUGUACAUGGUAAUGGUCAUCACAUGCACAUUAUGUGACAUGCUCACUAAACUCU